UCUCAAUCGGAGGCUGAAGGGCUCCAUCAAGAGGGCCAAAAGUCAGCCCAAACUGGACCGGACCAGCAGCUUCAGACAAAUGAUUCUGCCCCGGUUUCGUAGUGCCGACCAAGAGCGGACACGACUGAUGCAGAGCUUCAAAGAGUCACACUCCCAUGAAUCCUUGCUUUCUCCGAGCAGUGCUGCUGAGGCUUUGGACCUAGUUUUGGAUGAAGAGGCCAUAAUCAAGCCUGUCCACUCCAGCAUUUUAGGACAAGAGUACUGCUUUGAGGUGACGACUAAUUCAGGGACAAAAUGUUUUGCCUGCCGCUCGGCUUCAGAGAGAGACAAGUGGAUUGAAAAUUUGCAACGAGCUAUCAAACCUAACAAGGAUAACAGCAGACGGGUCGACAAUGUGCUCAAGUUGUGGAUCAUUGAAGCUCGAGACCUUCCGGCUAAGAAACGCUACUAUUGUGAGCUGUGUCUGGACGACAUGCUGUACGCACGCACCACCAGCAAACCCCGCACAGACACCGUCUUCUGGGGCGAGCAUUUUGAAUUUAACAAUUUGCCUACCAUCCGUAGCCUUCGUUUGCACCUGUACAAGGAAACUGACAAAAAAAACGCAAAGGAGAAAAGCACAUAUCUUGGCCUUGUCAGCAUUCCCAUCUCGAGCAUCACGGGCCGGCAGUUUGUGGAGCAGUGGUACCCUGUGAUCCAGUCCAGCGUGUUGGCCAAAAGCGGCGGCGUCGGAAGUGGAAAAGUCAUCAACGCCUCUCUGCGCGUCAAGUCUCGCUACCAGACAAUGAACAUCCUCCCGAUGGAGCUGUAUAAGGAGUUUGCGGAGUACAUCACCAACAACUACCGGACAUUGUGUGCAGUCCUGGAGCCUCUGCUGAGUGUGAAGAGCAAAGAGGAGGUGGCGUUUGCUCUGGUGCACAUCCUGCAGAGCACAGGGAAGACAAAGGAAUUCCUGUCCGACAUGGCGAUGUGCGAAGUGGAUCGAUUCAUGGACCGCGAGCACUUGAUCUUUCGUGAGAACACGCUGGCCACAAAGGCCGUGGAAGAGUACCUCAAACUGAUAGGUCACAGAUACCUCAAAGAUGCUAUAGGCGACUUCGUCCGAGCCUUAUAUGAGUCUGAGGAAAACUGUGAGGUGGAUCCCAUGCGAGUCCCGCCUUCAGUCCUCGCCGACCAUCAAGCCAACCUGCGCAUGUGUUGUGAGCUGUUACUCUGCAAGAUAAUCAACUCUCUCUGCAUAUUUCCCCGCGAGCUGAAGGAAGUGUUCGCCUCGUGGAGAGCCAGAUGUGCUGAGCGUGGCAGAGAGGAUCUGGCAGACAGCCUCAUCAGCUCCUCCCUGUUUCUGCGCUUCAUGUGCCCGGCCAUCAUGUCCCCGUCCCUGUUCAAUCUGAUGCAGGAGUACCCCGCUGAACGCACGUCCCGCACACUCACACUCAUCGCCAAGGUGAUGCAAAACCUGGCCAGCUUCAGCAAAUUUGGACCGAAGGAGGAGUACAUGUAUUUCAUGAAUGAGUUCCUGGAGAUGGAGUGGGGCUCCAUGCAGCAGUUCCUCUAUGAGAUUUCCAACAUGGACACCGGAGGAAACGCCGGAGGGUUUGAGGGCUACAUCGACCUGGGCCGGGAGCUGUCGAUGCUGCACAGCUUACUGUGGGAGGUCAUGGGCCAGCUUAGCAAGGAUGCUAUACUGAAACUUGGACCCCUACCGCGGCUGCUGAAUGACAUCAGCGUCGCCCUGAGGAACCCGCAGCUGCACAUGCCUACAAAUCACCAGCCUGAGCGACCGAAGGACCGACUCUUCUCACGGCCAUCUUUCAAUCGUCUCAUGUCCUCCGACUUCCAAAGCCUUAUGAUGCGGGACUUGAAUAGCUCAAUAGACAUAUCACGCCUGCCGUCCCCAACCACUGGAGUCUCAGCUGUAGAAUCUCUCUCGUCCAACCUGAACAUGAGGCGUCAAGCGGAACGGGACCUCCGCUCAUCGAGGGAAGUGUUCUAUGUGACCCGCCCACCGCUGGCUCGAUCCAGCCCCGCCUACUGCACGAGCAGCUCCGACAUCACUGAGCCUGAUCCAAAGGUCCACAGCGUGAAUAAAAGUGUGUCCAUGAUGGACCUUCAGGACUCCCGCAUGAACAGCAUUUCCAACCUGAACUCUGUGGGAGACAUGCUCACUUCCUCUCAGGCUUCCAUCGCCGGCCUGGGCCACAGCUUUGGGAACCUCUGCGGCCCUCUGCGUAUGGGGGGGCACAUGCCAGCGGGCUCGGCUGGCUCCGGCUUGAGGCUGAGCCAGAUGGGCCACAUAGGGGGUCCCACAGAAUCCAUCUCCCAACAGCAGCAGCAGGCGGCAGCGGCCAUGAACUUCCCGCUGUCUUUCCAAAACCCGCUGUUCCAUCUGGCCGCCCAGAACUCCCCGGCUCAGUCUCAGCCUCACCCUCCUCCCCUGCUCCUCGCCCCUGAGCCCGAGAACGGCCACCAUGACUACCAGCCGGCCUUUGGCAACAACGCCUUCUCCCGCAGUGAGGACCUGUCGGGCCUGCGGUCGCAGAGCAGUCUGGUGCAGCCCAGCAUUGUUCACUCACACAGCUACAGCGAUGACUUCACCCGGCAGAAUCAGAACAACGACUUUGCAUGGCACCAGCUGUCUCUGCAGGUGCAGGAGUCCCUCCAGCAGCAGCAUAUGAUGGGAGUUGCUGCGCAGACAGCCACCGGCACGGGUACCCCCGCCUCUUUGGCCACACCGCCUACAGUUCAUCCUGUCCGCCAACAACACCUCAAGUCACAGCGCUCCAUCAACACUCCAGCCACUGCCACUCCUCCGAAGGUUCGCCCGCAGAGCAGGAACCUCCUCCUCGACUCCUCUGACACCAACUUCAGUGGCAGUCAGCCUAAGCAGCGCACCACUCAGCAGCCUUCGCAACAGCAACAACAGCAGCAGCAGCUGCAACAGCAGCUUCAACAGCAGCUGCAGCAGCAGCAGCAGCAGCUGCAGCAGCAACAACAGCAACAGCAGCAGCAGCAACAGCAACAACAGGACGCACAGCUAUCUGUCACUGACAGUCCAGCUCCCGGGCUCCCGUACCAGACGAGCUCAGCCAAAGAGAACCAGGGUCCAUCAGCGGCUGCAGAGGUGUCGACAGACACACCAACCAAAAGUACCAAGAAGUCUCAGGCACAGCUGCAGCCGCCGCAGCAGCAUUUGCUCAAACCAGGCAAUAAACAGGGUUCCCAGUCAACAUUGAACACAUCAGCCCUCAAUGAGCGGACAGUGGCCUGGGUGUCCAACAUGCCACAUCUCUCUGCUGACAUUGAGAGCCUGCGGCCGGACCGAGAGGGCCAGCUGAAGGAGUAUUCAAAGAGCAUGGAUGAGUCUAGACUGGAGAGGGUAAAAGAGUACGAAGAUGAGAUCCAUUCGUUGAAGGAGCGGCUGAAGAUGUCUCAUCGUAAGCUUGAAGAGUACGAGCACAGGCUUGUGUCACAGGAACAGCAGACGAGCAAGAUCCUGCUGCAGUAUCAGAACCGGCUGGAAGACAGCGAGCGGCGCCUGAAGCAGCAGCAAGUGGAGAAGGACUCCCAAAUCAAAGGCAUCAUCAACAGACUCAUGGCUGUGGAAGAUGAGCUGAGAGGGGGUGCCAUUCCUGAUAUUAAGCCUCGAAUCCUCACAGACCAGGUCUAUGGUGGCCACCCAGGAUCCUGACUGCCACUUUCCAGGUGACCAGAGGUCUUGAUGGUCACUCGGGUGUAAGAAGACUGAUUCAGAUCCUCCCACACAAAAAAAACCAUGAAGAGAAACUUUUGCAGUGCAUCCAGCAGGUCCACUGGAGGCUUCAUCACAAACUUUGCACAUAAUCAAACUUAGCCUGUAUGAAAAUGACAAUCAUCGUGAGGACCAACGUGUGCAGAGAGUCUUCGGCACAUUGACUGAAAUCUAAGCCAAUGCCACAACAAUGGCAAUACUGAACCUGAUGGUUUUCUUUAUUCAAUCAUAUGAUGUGAGAAGAGAUGGGAGAAACACCGGUCAUGGGGAUGGAGUCAUGAUGUUUCCCUCUACAAGCAGCACACACUUGCUUCUCACUUAAGAUGCUGCAGACAAAAUGUAAAAACAGCCUUUACAAGCACAAUAUCCCCUCCUGGUGAUGCCUGUGAUGAGCAACAAGCAUGUUGUAUAAUCAUGUGCCAUCUAUGAUCCAUGGAUACAGGGUACAGGCAGAGACCUGUGUUACCAUUCGAUUCUAUUUCAAUCUUUUAAUAACGUGUUCGCAAUGCAAAGAAAUUUGAACCUACAAGGAUACAAAUCAUUUUUAUUUGAUGCAUCCUUUCUAGUAGAGCCAUUCCAUCCAAAGAGAUGCCAAACAAACAAACACAAACAAAUCAACUCACUUCUUGAAAUACAAUCCACGUGUUCCUUCAGCACACAGUGUAAAGACAGAACAACAGUCUCUGGACUCUAAGUGUAUAAAAACUCUCAAAGUGAUAUAACCUUUGAAAUAAUGGAAAUACAGCAACACAAUUCAACGAAGGUUAUUAUUUCUUUUGUUUACUUUGUAAAAAUAUUUAUCAUAUUCAGAUAUAUAUAUGACUUUUCAAAUUAGUGAUACAAAGUGCUUUAUAAGUUAUAAAUAUGACGACGGGACAUGAAAUGAAAAUGGGUGAAAAUGAAAGAAUAUUGAAUUUAAAGGCGCAGUCCACUGUUUAUAACUCGCAAUUCUCAGUCCAUAAAAUAUCUUUUUAAUUUCCUCUGAGCCUCUGAAGGAGAUUAGUUUAAUUUGAUAUUCAAACUGCACAUUCUGUCUAAAACAAUUGGCGUGUGGACUUUCACAGACAUGGUUAUGAAGCAGGUAGUCAGUGAAGACUGGUGAAAAUAUUCUGUUUGUGGCAUAAUGUUUGGAGCUUCACUUGUGCAGUGAACAAUGGCCACCUGUACACCAGCAUGAUUUUUGUACCUGGAUGAUUACAUCUGAUCCACAUGCCAUUUUGUAUUAAUCAUGUGAUCCCAAUAAGCAAAUGUAUGUAUAUGUUUGUUUAAUAUGGAGAAAGCACACCAAUGACUACCAGUGCAAAAUGAAAGAUUUAAACAUGUCUGAGUUAGCAUGAAUGCUAACUUACAUCCGUAGUCCCUAGGUAGGUAGCAGCUACGUUAAAAGUGACGACGUUCAACACAGUUGUAAAAAAGACUUUGUGAAACAUGUCGGGGACAAACAAACACUUCACUAACUGGUGGAUGAACAAACAAGGUUCCAUAGGAAGCAAGGUCAUAGAUGGUGCACAGUACUAGCAGUACUAACUAUUUCUUGUAGUUUUCUGCUAGCAGGUUGUGUUGGAGUUGGGUAAAGUUUCAAUAUGCUAUUGUGGUCCCGACCCCCUCCAGAUGCUCUCUGUUUGCAUUCAGAGCUCAGUGUGUUCUGUGUGCACUAACAUGUGUUGUCCUCACAUAGAUAGGACAUCCAGAAACAAAGUGUUUUCAGGGUGUUAAUGGGGAUGAAGAGUCCAAUUAGAUCAUUCAAAGAUGCUGCAUUUUUGCCAUUCUUUUAUUCUCUGUAUCCUACAAGACUUCCAACUUACUGGGGGUGGAACAUUAAAUCUUGGAGUUUCCCCUCGUUCUAAAACAAAGUCUGCAUAACUGUUGAACCAUGCCUUCAGAACGGUUAGGCUAAGAGAUGAAAAUAAUGGCUCCAUUACUUUUAGCAACAGCUGGACCCCAGCCCAUCUUUUACUCUGUUGCUCCAAACCUACCAAAGUAGCCAGGCUUCAAAACUUAAGGGUCAACGUGGAAAUUAAAAAAGAAAGAUAUGGUCUGCCAUUUUCAUUAUUUAUCUUUUCUUUUCGUUUUUAGCAUUUUCUUCUCUUUUUUUUUUUGGACAGCACUUUGUAACAUUGUUUUGAAAAGUGCUGUAUUUAUCAAUUUCAAUAAGUAUUAUUAUAAACAUUUUGUGCAACUGGAAACAAACCAUAUUAUAGCAAGUAGUGAAUUACUCAUCUGUUGUGUGUACUGUUUCUGAAGCAUAGAUGUGCAACACUUCUGCAUGUGCUUUUUAAACUGCGAGGAUGAGUACGUUGAUUUGUUGUCAGAUAUUAUAAUGUACAAAAAUGGAAACUUUGACGUGCUUUCUCACAGGAAGGCGCCUUUUUUUUUCUCUUCUUUUUUUUUUUUUAAAGAAAAUACAACCUGCUAACUCUUCCAUUUUUUCAGAAGAGAGUGGCAUUGGGCCUUUUGCAUUAUACAACAUACAAGUACUUUAAGAAAGGAGCAGGAACCGCAGACCAACAGAAGGAGGAGAGAGCGGGGAAACAACAGAACAAUAAGGAGUUUCUAAGCAGGGAAAUGUAGUAUAUGUGCAUAGGAUUUGACUGCCUUACAGUCUGUGCCACAAGGCCAAAAAUGACAAUGCCCAUACAAAAAAAAACCUUGUAAACUUUGUACAUUGAAUGUCAUUUUUUUGUAGUCGGGUGAUAAAUUAAUAAGCAGUGUGUUGGUUAACUCUGUAUGUUAGUCAGAAUCAUUUAUAUUCCAGAUUUCAUGGUUGAUAUCAUUUAUCUUAACCUCUUGCCUUUAAGAAGACAUUUUCUUUAGAGAUAAAUAUCAAUGAUACAAAGUUAUAUGUUUAUGUUACCAGAAAUGUAUAAAAUAGCUUAAUGUAUAUUUAUUCUUAUAUGUAAAAUGUAUUCAAAUCAAGGGUAGGCCUUCAGGCAUGUUCAACUUGUGGUUUAAAAAGACAACUCUUAUAUUAUCAUUGACUCUUAAUGCUGCAAUCCAGAAACUACAGUGCUAUGGCGUGACUGCGUUCAUGGGAUGAGAGUUGAAUAACUUCCCAGCUCAUCACAUUUUCUGUCACGUGGAAUAACCAGAGAAACUCUGGAAAGAUCUCGCCUACAGUAUGUAUGGGGUGUAAUCAAAAUAGCAGUGGUGCUUUCAAAAAUACUGGAUUGCAGUUUUAAGUAAUCUUCUGAAACAUGCGUUUAUUUAUUUGGACUGCAUUGCAAUACAGUAUUUUGAAAUGUAAUACUGCACUCCUGUUUCCAUUUCAGUAGAAGCUGCACUCUAUGACCUGAACAACAAUGUUUAUAAAGAUGUGAAAAUAUAUAUCAUGUUCCCAUGUGAUCUUGAAACUCUCUCUGGAUUAGCUGCAGUGGUACAGUAUGCUACCUCUGAAAUUGUGCCCUCCUCUCUCUUUUCUGUUGUUUUUAAGGAUCCUUUAUAGUCUGCUUUACACACUAAGAAGAGACUUUCUUCCAUGUGGCCAAACAACUAUUUCAUGUAAGACCCAGUGCUAACAAACAGUUAUCAUUUUCUUUCUGAGCUAGGCUUAAUUCUUGGUUGCUUUUGCAUUGCUAUCGCUAACGCUAGCAAUGAUCAUUAAAAAAAAUCAGAAUUUUCAGAAUUUUCAUUUCCAUUUCUACAAUGUGUAAUUUCUCUGGUGUUGAUAUUUUAUUAAAUGAAUGAAAUGUUUCAUAGUCAGCACGAAAAAAGCAAUGGACAUUUUGCUAUUGAUCUUCAUAACUAGAAACAUUUUCAUUGCUUUAACUAAAAUAGCAAUGCACAUUUUCAACUCUCAUCUUCAUUGCUAUUCCAGAAAAGUAAUGAAGAAGCAAAAUAGGGUAUUUUUUAAUUCCAUCACCGGGCCAUUCCUAGUUUGUCUUGUGGACUAUUUAAGUGCCAUUACCAUAACAUUCACAAGAAAAUCUGCUUUUAAUUUCACGCUGAGAUCGCUUAUGUUACAUGUGUUUGUCAGGUGUGACAUGAACACAAAAGGAUCAGUUCUGGGGUCUUUUUGAAGAGGAUCUAUCCUGUAGGGAGUCCCUGAGAACUACACACCAUGGGGACUUUUUUUUAUGUCUGCAUUUGCACCCCCACUUCUACUUUAGCUACUCUGAAGCAGGAGCUAAAAAGGUUCCUCUAAUCUUCUACGAACUCAAAUAGUUCAUAGUUCCUGCGGUGUAGAAUCAAUAACAAAUGCCAAAUGCUCAAAAAUAUAGUAACGCAAUCUUGGCUGAGUGACCAUUGAUGCAAAGUACAACUCAAAUAGCUCAUGAAAUGAGGGAUCUAUGCGUACGUUACUUCUCUGCUUUUUUAUUUAUUUUUUGGUCUCAUCUCACCCAUAAAGAGAAUGUUAAAUAUAAGCCCUCUUUUGUAUGAUUUGUGACAUAUAAAGGAGCAAAAGUUGCAUCUCUUGGUUCAAAUGUAAAAAUGAGACCAUGCUUCAGCAUUAUAACACGUGGUGAGGAAUAUAAUUGAAGCCACUGUUGAAGAAGUGCUUUAUGUUUACAGAAUCACAGCAUUUUAGAGGAUAUAUGAACCUUUGUUGAUCCAAAGGAGAAGAAGCUGCUUUGCUGCAGCUAAUGCAGGACCUAAAACGUGAAAAAGAGAUAUCUUGUAUAUUUUAAAAUAAGGGUAUUUAACAUCUAUCAACAUAUUUACGUUUCUAAAAAUGGAUGUAUAGCAUUAUGGAAUGAAUCAAAGUAUUUUUCUUGGCAGCUAUUAUUCUGCACAAUUGAUCUACUGUGUCAAAAAUAUAUAGUUGUUGGGAUUUCUGACUUGAAUUGGGCCUACUGGAUGUAUAACCUUAAUUUACUUGACUUUUCUUUUGAAAUAAGCCAUGCCCCAUGGAUAAGCCAUACCCUCCAGUCCCCUGUUCUAGUAUGGUGGAUGUUUAACGUCAGUAGUUUUAUUUAUAAUGGUAGUUAUUGUGGGUAUGAUUGCGCUUGUAAUUAUGAUUAUUAUUAGUGUAAGUAUACUUGAUUGAUAUGAUUUGUUUUGUUUGAACAAAGGGAAUGUAUUCAUUUUUCAGGUGAUUUUUUUCUGAGUGAUUUCAAUAAACUUAUAAAUCCCUAAUUGAA